CUUUGUCGUAUGUUGGCCGCAUUAUCGUUUCAUUGUACAAAUGGGACGGAGCGAUUCCAUCAGUGUUAACAGUUCAUUGUUCAUAUGGCAUCUAGAACGAAUGGCGCUUGACUGCUUGACACUGACAAAUCAACCGUGUUUCCCCUUGCUCUUCGGUCUUCGCCCGAUUCUCUAAUUUGUUGUUCCUUAUUCCACGUCAAAAAUUUGAAAGGUUGGUUAUGUGUCAGUCUUAAAAAGUAUUGCAUUUAUUUAUAUUUUUCUUUGGAAAUGUAACAAAAUGUAUAUUUUCUAAAUGAUGUAAAACAUGUUUUUGACUCAUCCGUGAACAUGUAAACGACUUCUGAGCUUUUUGAAUCCCUAAGCUAAUUCAAAAAAAUGAGCGAAAUCUCGGAUUUAGAACAAGCUCUGCUCAUUGCAGCUGCAGAUGCUGAUUCCAGAGCCUACGAACCAGUCAAAACAUCAGAAAGCGCAGAAUAUGGUUUAGAAAAAGAAACCACAGAGUCUGAAAUAAACCUUGAACCACAACCAAAAGUUAAACCUAAAAAGAGGUCGUUAGAACCCAACGAUACCUCAGAGAGCCUUUCUAAGAUUCGAAAAGGCUACGCCGAUGUAGUAGCUUCUCACUACAACUCUUUAGAGGAGAAAGGAAUUAUUGAACGUUCAAAAUCAAGAAUCGUUUACUUGAGAAACUUUCAUAACUGGAUAAAAAGCAUGCUGAUUAAUGAAUAUCUUGCUAAAGUCAAAGAGAACAAAAAACAGCAUAAUGCUCCUGUAAGAGUCCAUGACAUGUGUUGUGGCAAAGGUGGGGAUUUGUUAAAAUGGAGAAAAGGUGGAAUAACACAUUUAAUAUGCAGUGAUAUUGCAUCCAUAUCCUUAGAGCAAUGUAAAGCAAGGUAUUAUCAUAUGAAAGGCAGGUCUGCUAGAGAGAGGGGAGGUGGAAAUAUAUAUUCUAUCGAGUACAUUUGUGCUGAUUGUACACGGGCACGUCUUCGUGAGAAAUACUCUGACCCGUCAAUGAAAAUAGAUCUUGUUAGCUGCCAGUUUGCCUUUCAUUACAGCUUUGAAAGUCUACCUCAAGCUGAGUGCAUGUUGAGGAAUGCUGCAGAAUGCCUACAACCUGGAGGUUAUUUCAUUGGCACCAUCACAGAUGCAUAUGACCUCAUUGCCAGAGCCAGAAGGUCAGAAAGCGAUACUUACGGGAAUAAUAUCUAUAAAGUCAGCUUGGAUUUUGAUAUUGAUAAGCCACCACUAUUCGGCGCCAAAUGUCACUUCCAACUAGAAGACGUAGUAGACUGCCCUGAAUUCCUAGUACAUUUUCCGACUCUAGUAAAACUAGCGAAAAAAUUCGGACUGAAGCUCGUUAAAACAGAAAAAUUCAAGGACUAUUUUGAAAGAAUGAAAAAUGAAGGCAAGCAGUUACUAACUAUCAUGAGAGCCCUGGAGAGUUAUCCUCCAAAUGAAGGGCAUUCUUCGUUAGGAGAGGAAUCAGAUGACUAUAAACAUGCUGAAGAGUUCCUUAAGGAGAAAGGGAAUGGACAAGAUAAAGUUGGGACUAUGUCCAAGUCUGAAUGGGAAGCGUCGUCAAUAUACACAACUUUCGUCUUCGAAAAAGUGAAGAACACAUGGAGUGCAGAUGGAACGCCCAUUUACGACAUUUGAUAUUUUAGAUUAGUAGGUGACAGUAUUAAAUGAUUUGUUAGUUUUUUAUACACAUGAUGUAAUUUGAUAGCAGUCUAUUUAUAUAUCUAAACUGAGCCUUAUUUUUGUGAAGUGCAUCGAUUUUAAAUCUAUUUGUGACGAACUGAAUAAAAAUUGUUUAAUUGUC